UGUCGGCGCCGCCUCCCUCUGCUUCGUUCCGCCCGCGGGAGGGAGGCGGAAGGAUGGUCCCCGGCGGCGGCGGCGGCGGCGGCGGCGGCUCCCGUUCCGGGGCUCCUGCGGGGCCUUCGGGGGCGGCGCUGGCGGCGCUGGCCCUGGCCUCGCUGUCGGUGCUUGGCCUGCUCUGGGCCUCCGUCCACCAGGUCGGGGAGGGACACCUGGCCCUCUACUACCGCGGAGGAGCGCUGCUUCCCAGCCUCGGGGGCCCCGGCUUCCACGUCAUGCUGCCCUUCGUCACCUCCUUCCGCGCGGUUCAGACGACGCUGCAGACGGACGAGGUGAAGAACGUGCCCUGCGGGACCAGCGGUGGUGUCAUGAUCUACAUCGAUCGGAUCGAGGUGGUGAAUAUGUUAUCGCCACACGCAGUUUAUGACAUUGUGCGGAAUUACACUGCGGACUAUGACAAAGCCCUCAUCUUCAACAAAAUCCACCAUGAGCUCAACCAGUUCUGCAGUGUCCACACCCUCCAGGAGGUCUACAUCGAGCUCUUCGAUCAGAUUGAUGAGAACCUGAAGCAGGCGCUGCAGCAGGACCUGAACACGAUGGCCCCGGGCCUCACUAUCCAGGCCGUUCGUGUAACGAAGCCCAAAAUCCCCGAGGCCAUCCGAAGAAAUUUUGAACUUGUGGAGGCAGAGAAAACAAAGCUCCUGAUAGCAGCUCAGAAGCAGAGAGUGGUGGAGAAGGAGGCCGAAACAGAGUGGCGAAAGGCCAUCAUAGAAGCUGAGAAGGCAGUGCAAGUGGCCAAGAUUCAGUUCCGGCAGAAGGUCAGGAAGUCCUUGACGCAGAAGCACAUCUCUGAGCUGGAAGACGCAGCUUUCUUGGCGAGGGCAAAGGCAAAGGCAGAUGCAGACUUCUACGCAGCAGAGAGGGCUGCCCACUCAAACAAGCUCAAGCUCACGCCGGCCUACCUGGAGCUGAUGAAAUACCGGGCCAUCGCCACCAACAGCAAGCUCUACUUCGGGGGCAACCUCCCUGCCGGCCUCUUCCUGGGCCCCUCUUCCUGUGCCUUUGGGCCCACCGUUGCCAGAGCGGCCAGAGGAGAAGCCCACUGCCUCUCAAAAGCAGCAGCAGGCAGACUGCACCUCCGGGCCCCCGCCAGCACCGCCUGACCGUGCGUGGCCCUCGUCCAUUUUUGGGCUGGCGUGGGAGUAUGGCCAGUCCUCCUCCUCCUCAGAUUGCCUUAUUCAGGGACAAAGAGCAGCCAAACACUUUCAGCAGCAGCAGAGUCCACAGGGGUACGUGGUCCCUGUUUCUCCUCCCUCUCCCUCCUCACUGGGACAGGGAUUGUGAGCCACUCAGAGGGCAGAGCCACCAUUGCCAUCUCUUGCUGCCCCCCCAUGCAGCGAACCCCACCUCACCAGGGGGGCGUGCAGGCCACCCCCUCCCGCCCUACGCUUCUGCUCAAAGUCCCCAGAAGCCAUUUUCACUGCCUGGGAACAAGUGGGUUGCUCAGCUCUGGAUUUUGGCUUGUGGUGGAACAGGGAACCUUCCUCCUCUUCCCUUGGCAGGAGCAAUCCAUGGGGAGCGCAGGGCAGGGACAGCACAGCCUAGCUUCCCCCAAACCUUCCUGCUAGUGAUGUUUUCACAGGGGGGCUUCUGCUGCUGCCCCACUGCUUCCAGGUAGCUGGAGGGCAGUUUGAUGCAGUUAGUGACUAGGACCCUUCUCCUUUGCAGAGGCACCCCCCCCCCCCGAGUGUGCCGCCUUGGUGUCUGUGGGGUCAGGGGUGGUUCCUAGAACCGGACCCAGGGCAGCUACGGUGCCCCAUGUGUCUUCUCUGACCAUGCAGAUGGGGCUGAAUAAGCCCUCAAUUCUUGCUGGGCGCGCACACUCAUUAUGCGUGCUCUGAGCCACUGGUUGCUCAGCUGCCAAAAUGGGAAAUGAUUUUUGUCACACACCCAACUGGAAAGCGGAUGGCACUGCUGCUGCGUAACUGAGCAACGUUGCCGUAAUUGACUGGAAAUUAUUUCUCUGCAAUGGGUUUUAUAAAAGCUUGUAUUUGAAAUUCUAUAUAUGCAAAAUGUCAAUCUUUGGAAUAAGGGAAAAUAAAUCUAUUUUCAUAGCC